AUGCAUCCACAUCCAGACACAGAGGUCGUGAUCAUCGGCAAUGGUCCAGCCGGUCUGUGUCUGUCCGCUUUCCUCUCCGGCGUUUCUCCAUUUUAUUCGCCGAUGACUCCACAUCCCGAUCCACUUCUGCAUCAACGACUUUCAGAGAACGCGGCCGAGUCCCUUCUUGAUCAGGACUUGAGUUGGGCGUAUGGAUGGGAUGAGAUGGGAUCGUCGACGCUUCGACCAAUGACUUCUCUUUAUGAUACCCUAGUUCGACCAGAGGCCGAUCUUGGUAGCCAGCUUGGCUCAUGUCUUCAUUGGGAACAAAACUCAUCGAAAUGUGUUGAUCACAUUGUUUUGGGUGAAACGGCAAUUGGUGGAUCGUGGAAUACUUAUGAUAAAAAGAUGAUUGCCGUGUCCUUUCACAACUGGUUGGACUUGCCCGGGUUCUCGAUUUCCGAUUCUCUAAGAGGUAAGCUCUUGAUUCCACGAAUAUCGGCGAUGCUCUACACAAGAUACAUGGAGAAAUACGCACAACAUCUUGGGCUUAAAAAGAGCAUCCGAUCACAGACAAAAGUCAUCAGUGUCAAGAAAGAGGGUUCUUUAUGGCGUGUGAAAGCAGUGACAACGAAAUGCGGUGUGAAAUGGCAGACAUUCAGUCUCACGACAAGGAGAGUCGUGAUGGCGUGUGGAAAAACGAAACAAAGAACAUUGCAGGUUGAAGGUGAGGGUGACGAGAAACACAUUGUUUAUGACAUGAAAACCCUCAGGAAGAAAGUCACCAAACUCUUAGCGCAUAAAAGUGUUUCCACUUCGGAAAAAAUCCCAACAAUCGUUGUUGUCGGUGAUGGUAUUUCUUCAGCAGAUAUGGUCGGUUUCUGUCUCUCUCAAGGCCUCAAAGUCAUCCAUAUCAUCAAGAGAAAUGAAAAACAAUUGAGAUCUACGGUAAUGUCUCGUCUCUCGGCUGGUCACUAUGCCGAGUAUCACUCGAUUUAUCGUUUGAUGACUGGAAGGGAAAGUCAUCCAUUGUAUGAGAGAAAGAUCAAUGCACAAGUCACAAAGCUGGCUGAGGGGAAAGCUUUUGUUUCUGUGAAAGAUGGAGUGGAGAAUGAGAUCGGGUACUCCCUUCUCGGCGUUUGUAUAGGACGAAUUUCUGAGGGAAUGGGUUUGUUCGAUCGAAAAUACACAUUCAAUGAUUAUACUUCGGAUGAGGAUGAGACGCUGAUGUGCGUUGGAUCGUUUGCCGGUGAUCAUUUCGUGCGUUACCUCGUUGGCGGGUGUUUGGAUGUGGCGCGAACGAUUCACAAAUCCCUCAAGACUCCGAUCUCGAUUAAAGACUCCGAUCAAAUGGAUUUAAAUGGUUUGAUGAACAUUAUCGUGUUGAUAAGCGAGAUGUUAAGAAUUUUUAUUCUAGCGUUGAAAAUGGUCAAGGAACAAAACGAAGACUUGUACGUAAAUCAGCAAGCAAUGGGACGUAUGCACAACCCCGGAAAAGGUAUGGCCAAAUCGGCCUUGCCAUAUCGUCGCUCCAUUCCAACAUGGCUGAAGAUGAGCAGCGAAGAUGUGGUCGAGCACAUCUGCCGACUUGCGAAGAAGGGUCUCCGACCAUCCCAGAUCGGUGUGUUGCUUCGUGAUUCGCACGGAGUUGCCCAAGUUCGACGCAUUACCGGAAACAAGAUUGUCAGAAUUCUCAAGGCGAAGGGCAUGGCUCCAGAGAUCCCCGAAGAUCUUUAUCAUUUGGUGAAAAAGGCCGUCAGCAUCCGGAAACAUCUCGAGCGAUGCCGCAAGGACCGUGAUUCGAAAUACCGAUUGAUUCUUGUCGAGAGCCGAAUCCACCGUCUUGCUCGUUACUACAAAACUUCCAAAGCGCUUCCCCCAUCUUGGAGAUACGAGAGCAGCACAGCAUCCACCCUUAUCGGA